AGGAUCAGAGAUAUGGCUGCUUUCUCAAUUCUCAUCAAUCAAUGCAGCUAGAGAUGGACUUAAGAGGAAGAGGAUGAUUAAUGGGAACAUCAGGGCAUUUCCUCUUUGGUUUCUUGCUAACUGCCUUGGCACUGGCACUUCUACUUGUUCAAGCUCAGGAUCAGUCAGGCUUUAUUAGUUUAGAUUGUGGAUUACCAGAGGGCACGAGCUACACCGAAACAACGACUAAACUUAACUAUGUUUCUGAUGCAUCCUUCAUAAACAGUGGGGUAAGUCAAGAUGUAGCUUCAGCCUACGGAGAUGGAGAUACCUACCCCAGGCAAUUGAGGAAGCUGAGAAGCUUCCCUCAAGGAAUCAGAAACUGUUAUAGUGUAACCACUGUAAAGGGUACCGAGUACUUGAUUCGAGGAAGUUUCUUGUAUGGGAAUUAUGAUGGCUUGGAUUUGCUACCAACGUUUGAUCUCUAUAUUGAGAAUAGCUUGUGGCAGACCUUAAAUUUCACGGACAAUGGCAUGGAUGCUUACAUAGAUCUCAUACACGUCACCUCCUCAAACAAAGUUAACAUCUGUCUGAUCAAUACAGGAAAUGGAGUGCCAUUUAUUUCAGCAUUAGAAUUUAGACCUUCACUCAACAUCACUUAUCUAACUAUCGCAUCAUCCUUGUCACUUUACACCCGAAUGAACAUUGGUUCAACAGAAGAUCGAAAGUACAGAUUCCCGUUUGAUGUAUAUGAUCGUAUCUGGUCACCAUUUAACUUCAACAAGUGGACACAAGUAAGCACCAACUAUAGUAUAGAGCCCAUACGGGAGAAUGGUCUCCAUCUGCCAUCAAUUGUUAUGCAAACUGCUUCCACUUCAAAAGACACAAGCACGCCUCUGGAAAUUUGGUGGGAUCCGAUAGAUUCAUCUCAAUAUUAUGUAUUUAUGCACCUUGCUGAAGUUUUAUAUCCUGAAGUCAACCAAAGUAGAGAGUUCAUCAUCACUACCAAUGACAAUUUUGUUUCUGGACCUAUAAUUCCAAAUUAUUUGUCCUCAGUAUCUAUUUUUCCUAAUGGACCAUUCGAGGGGGCAAGUAGACAUGUAAUUGCCUUCAUUUCAACUGAGGAAGCGACACUUCCUCCAAUCAUCAAUGCUUUUGAGUUAUAUAUAGCGAAAAACAUAUCAAAGUUAGAAGCAGACCAAGGAGAUGUGGAUGCACUAACCAAUAUCAAGUCAACUUAUGGAAUAAAGAAAGAGUGGCAGGGAGAUCCAUGUGUGCCAAUGGGAUUUCCCUGGAGUGGAUUACAUUGUAGCAAUGGAACUAUUCCAAGAAUUAUAUCCUUGAACCUAUCGGCAAGUGGACUAACUGGUGAAAUAUCUCCUUACAUAUCAAAUCUAACAAUGUUGCAAAUUUUGGAUUUGUCUGAUAAUGAGUUGACUGGAGAGCUGCCGGAAUUCUUAGUAAAUUUACCAAAUUUAAGAAUCCUUUAUUUAACAAGAAACAGGUUCACAGGCUUAAUUCCCAAGGCUCUCUUGCAAAGGGCUGAAGCUGGAUUACUUGCAUUGAGUGUGGGCGAAAAUCCAGAUCUUUGUACAUCAGUUGAAUGUGUUAAGAAGAGGAAGAAUAACAAGAGGAAGAAGUACUUGGUUGCUAUAAUUCUCUCCAGUAUUAUAGCUGUGCUCCUAACUAUCCUUAUGGUUACUCUGGUAAUCUACAAAAGGAGAAAACAAAGAGAGAAUCUCAAAAGAUCAAUUCAAGAAAGGUUACUUAAGUCGAAGAACCAACUGGUUCAAUACUCCGAGAUAUUGGUUAUCACAGAUAACUUGAAGACAACUAUUGGGGAAGGAGGUUUUGGAAAAGUAUACUUGGGUGUACUGAGCGACAAAACCCGAGUUGCUGUCAAGUUGAUGUCUUCAACGUCACAGCAAGGCUACAAUGAAUUCAGAGCUGAGGCUCAAAUAUUAACAGUUGUUCAUCAUAUAAAUCUGGUUUCUCUUAUUGGUUACUGUGAUGAGGCUGAGAACAAGGCACUCCUUUAUGAAUUCAUGGGUAAUGGAAGUUUGCGCGAUUUUCUUUCCGAUUCAAGCACAAAGGUCUUGAAUUGGAAAGAAAGACUCCAAAUUGCAGUUGAUGCAGCUCAAGGGUUGGAAUAUUUACACGAUGGUUGUGUGCCACCUAUAAUUCACAGAGAUAUGAAGUCUUCCAAUAUCCUCUUGAAUGAACAAAUGCAAGCUAAAAUAUCAGAUUUUGGACUAUCUAGGGUGUUUGUAAAUGAAAGUGAUACUCAUUUCUCCACAUGUCCUGCUGGCACCUUCGGAUAUCUCGACCCAACGGUUCAUUUAUCAAGAAACUUCAUCAAGAAAAGUGAUGUUUACAGCUUUGGGAUUGUGUUGUUUGAGCUGAUAACUGGGCGUCCAGCCAUAAUCAAGAGCUCUGAAGACAACAUCCACAUAGUUGAUUGGGUCAAGCCACACAUAACAGUAGGUAACAUCCAAAACAUUGUUGAUCCAAGAUUAGAAAGCAGUAUAGAUAGUGGUUGUGCAAGUAAAUUUGUGGAGCUUGCUCUGUCUUGCACAUUGCCAACUUCAGCUGGAAGGCCUGAGAUGAGUGAUGUGGUGUUACAACUCAUAGAAUGUUUGAAGAUGGUUCAAGAUAUAACCCCACAAAUGUCAAAUAACAAUGCUGAUCAGAACUUUUCACACAAUUCCAUUGGCUCUGAAUCCCUUCCUAGUCCUAGAUAGUGAAGAAAAUCAAUCAUUCUUUUUCUUUUUUUUCUUGGACUCUAAAACAUUCUUGCUUGUGCCUUGCACAUUCUUCUUUUAGCUUGCA